AUGUGGUCCUUGAAAUACUGUAAUUUUGUCCUGAGAAGUUUUUUAUACAACAAUAAAUAAGGCAAAUAUUUAGGUGAUCCCAUUUAGCUAAACCACUCUAUAUAUUUUAAAAAUACGAAAAUAAAUAUACGAAAUGAAGUGAUUAUGAUGUUGAUAUUAAAUUUUCCAAAAUGCCGAAGAAAAAGACAGGACAAAGACGGAAAGCUGAAAAACAAAAAUUAAGGCAGAAAGAAAUUAGAACCGCUAAAGAUCAAUUAGAUUUAGCUAAAUUUCCAUGCAAUGCAGUAAUGGAAUGUGACAAAUGUAGCAAGAAACAAAAAAGUAGAGCCUUCUGUUAUUUCUGUCAAAGUGUACAACGAUUACCAAUGUGUGCUCAUUGUGGAAAAAUAAAGUGUAUGUUAAAAACAGGAGAUUGUGUUGUUCGUCAUCCUGGUGUGUUUAAUACUGGAUUGGGUAUGGUAGGAGCCAUAUGCGAUCAUUGUGAAGCAUGGGUUUGUCAUGGAAGACGUUGCCUUACAACUCAUGCAUGUAUAUGUCCAUUGAUAGAUGCAAUUUGUCAAGAAUGUGAAAGAGGUGUAUGGGAUCAUGGUGGUCGAAUAUUCCGAUGUUCAUUUUGUAAUUGCUUUCUUUGUGAAGAUGAUCAAUUUGAACAUCAAGCAUCCUGUCAGGUUUUGGAGGCAGAAAGUUUCAAGUGUCAAUCAUGCAAUCGAUUAGGACAAUACUCUUGCUUAAGAUGUAAAACAUGUUAUUGCGAGGACCAUAUUAGAAGAAAAGGGUUUAAGUAUGAAAAGAACAAACCUAUACCUUGCCCCAAAUGUGGUUUCGAAACAUCUCAAACAAAAGAUCUUAGUAUGUCAACAAGAACUCAUAAAUUUGGUAGACAAGGUGGAACAUACGAAUCUGAUGAUGAAGGAAAUCAAUCACAAGACUAUAUUCCUGAAAAUCAUACAUCUUAUCGGGAAGAUGAAGAUGAAGAUGAUGAUAAUGAUGAGGAUGUCGAUGAUGAUGAUGAUAAUGAUGAUGAUGAUGAUGAUGACGAUGACGAUGAUGAUGAUGGUGAUGAUGAAGGAGAAAGAGAGCGGGAACAUGAGCUAAUAAGUGAAAAUCAAGAAAAUUGCAAUAAUAAAUUGCAUCAAAGUAUUAAUAAAAAUGUUUAGCAAAAAUUUAAAUUUUGCAACUAAAUGUAAAAAUGGAAAAAUAAAUAUAUCAUUUUGUUGUCUUUAUAACAAAUUAUAACAUGCUAUUCUUUAAUAUGAAAAAUUGUAUAUCGAAUAUCGAUACGUAUAGGAUAAAGCUAAUUGGGAAACCUAAUA